AUGUUAGGAGCAAAUGAUAUGGAUUUGGAAAGGAUCGAACGGGACACUACUUCUAAUCUAAUCUGCAACCAUCAGCAACUUGGUCUUGGACCAGUGCAAGAGCGCCACACUGAAACAACAAGGGCUACCAACGAUGCCACAGCGCUUGCCCAUUGUGAAGAGGUCACUGACCUGUCACCUCAGAGGAGACGACGAGCUGCGAGACAAGCCAAAAGACGCGACCGACUAGCCCUUGGACCAGCAUCUGUGCAUGCUACAGAGAUCUCACUUGCCCUUCGACUUGUCCAAGCUAAAGGUGUUGUUACCGGACAUGAUUAUCUUUCAGGAAGUAAUCCUGGGCUUGUGUUUGGUUCAGCUAAUGGAAAUACGAAUUCAGUAGACAUGGAAAUAAUGGAGGCAUCCUCGUUGUCAAGCAGCUCAUCAAGCCUUAUGAGUGAAAUCGCGGAGAUAUUCCCAGAACUGAGAACAACUUGUGAUUCCAUUGAAGUGCCCGGCUCAUGCGGGAUCGGCAAUAGCAGUGGCAUUAAUCAGGAUGACUGUAAUGGCGAAAAUGAUGUGUUCGAGCCAGACUCCUGUUACUCAAACAGACAACACUUGCUCGAUAAAACGGUGAUCGAGAUGCUGUCAUCAAAGGUCGAAUGUCAAAAUCUAACGAUGAAAGAUGUUAGAACCUUUGUCAAAUGCAAACGCGUAAAGAACAUCAACGAUCUACAGGAAAUUGGUCGGGGUACCUAUGGACGGGUUCUCCUGGCCCGACACGUUCAGUCAAAGACACCCUUGGCUAUCAAACAAUCCUGCAGAUCAGACAAUCAUCAGUCGUCGAACGAAAUGGUCGAUAAAGCCCACGACGCGACCAGAGCCAGGGUAAAGAAAGAGGCACUCGUUCACCAACUGCUUUCCGACAGCCCUUUCUUUCCAAGGUUUUUAGGCACGCUCGAUAUCGACAAGGAUCUCUGCUUAGCGCAGGAAUUCGUUGGCAAUCGCAAGUCGGGAAUCGCCUUCCCUCUUCUCGAGCCUCCGCCGUUGUCGGUGGCAAACGGACUCGACAUUGCAGAGGACGUCGUUAGAGGGCUGAUGGAGAUCCACGACCACGGGCUCCUGCACAAUGAUCUCAAGACUGAUAAUGUACUUCUCGAGAAAAGAGGUCACCGAUACCACGCCGUCAUCAUCGACUUCGGCAUGGUCAGCACAAUCUCGUCACCGUUGCGGAUGACGGAGCUUCCAGAGGCAUUGAAAGUAGCGUACAUCCACGGAGAGGAGGGCGAUUACGUCGCUCCCGAGGUCAUACUGCAUGGACAGUCGACGUCGAUUUCAUCGGAUGUUUUCUCAGUUGGCAAAAUCCUCGAAGACAUCACACAAGUUGUGGAAGAAGGAUCUCCACUCCUAAAAGACCUAACAUCACUGGCCAUCAAAUGUAUGAAGAGGAAUCCGGAGUCAAGACCCGAUCUCCCCUCCGUCCUCAGUCACCUCGUCACCAUCAAGACACAAUUAGUAGACCGACCAGUUCCACUUUGGAAACGACUGGUCAAAAAGCAUCGAUAGAUAGUGCAGGCGGAUCCAGUGAUAUGCUUGGAAAUGGAUGCGACCCCUCUUUGGAGAGAGAGAGAGAGAGAGAGAGAGAGAGAAGGAGAGAGAGAGAGAGAGAGAGAGGGGGGAGAUAGUGAGAGAAAGAGGGAGAGAAAAACAAAAAGAUAAGUGAUAAUAUUUUGGGAAAUAAGUGCUUUUACAUAAUUAUUGUAAACAUUUCCCUGUUGCAUUAGUCAGCAGGCGGGAUCAUACAAUUUUGAAUCCACUUAAUGAAAACAAAAAUGAAAAAAAUAUGGCCUAUCGGGGUGACUUUCUGGGAUCUACCACCCCGGCCUGAAAUUUGUCACCUAUAUUAUUAUGCAGUUAUGAGAUUUUUAACUCCUCACCUUGAAAUGAACAUAAAAUUGAAUGCAGAGUGAAAACAGGGGGUGUUUCACGAAACUAGUCAUCAGUGACAAAUGCCAGUUGUUGUUAUAAGCUACUGAAACCCAUGCUUCUGAUUGGUUAUCAGCAGAUUUUAUCCCUGAUAUUUGUCAUUUGUCAUUGAAAAAAGACUUUGUGAAACGGGUCCCUGGUUCUCUUAUUUUAAACAUUUUGAACGGGGAGAGCGAGAGAUGUGUAUGAAAAUAAACCUAUUAAGUUAUAGAAUUCAAGGGUUUUUCAUGUGUUUCGUAGUAUCUAAUUUGAUCACAUGCUAUGGAUGAUUUAUUCAUUACUAUGUUUUGCGCGGGCGCAUUACUAUUUCGUCGUUGAAGCAUGAUUACUUAUUCACUCUUUUGGGAUAGAGUGACAUUUACAUCACAUCGAGCCGAUCGAGUGUGUUACCCAGGAUGGGGGGGGGGGGGGACGCACUGCUUAAGGGCAAACGCAGAAUGCAAAAUUCAUUCCAAAAGUAUUGGGGCAACUGCCAUAAACACCGCAGAAUUGAAGAGAGAAAAAAACAUCUGGGUGUUUUUUAUAUUUACGUUUUAAAACUAUUGUAUUCCUUUGGAACUUGGACUCACUGAUCACUGCCAACUUAAAUAUAAUUAUGUAGCGAUAUUAAUCAGCUCUCGCCCGUUUUGACGGUAUGUUUCUUUUUAAGGACAUACAAAAACAGAUCUGCCACCCUUAUUAUCUGGUUCUACGUGUAUUUUCAAUAUUGCAUGCUAUUUAUAUAUUUAGAUCCAUUUUGAUGGGUUGGUAUGCUUGUAUAACUUAUGACGCCAUUGUGUUGCAAAAACAAAGGCUUUCUGUGUAAUCAUUGUAUAUUCAUUAUUUAAUAAAUUUGAGUCCAGCUGCCGA